AUGGAUCGCCGCCGAAAGCCCAAGAAAAAGUUAAAAGAUUUCGGUCGAGAGUAUUUUCUGAACAUUUCCGUCAAUGCGUUAAAACACAUAAUCCGAGCCAAAAACGUCGGCGAACGAAGAUUUUGGCUGGUGAUGUUCACAAUCGCCUUGUUCGGCACCGGAUUCUGUGUCUUGGAAGUCUGGAAAGUCUACGAGUCAAGUUUCACCAAAACCAUUAUAUUGUCCACAUCGUAUUCGUACUCCAAGGCACCGUUUCCUUCAGUGACCAUUUGCGAACCGAGCCGUGUAUACGGUCCCGUGAUCAAGACCCUGUAUAACAACUCUUUAAACCGACCAGGUUCGUACGACGAAGCCGUGUUCAAAAUAAUGGCGAACUUAGCAACGAUCCGUUUACCACUGUUCGAAGAUUUCAUCGAAAUAAAAAAUUACGAAAAACACUACGACGAGCUCAACAAACUCAACAUCAGUGACAUGCUACUGAAGGCAGUCCGUCCGUGCCAUACAAUAUUCGACUCUCUGUGCUGGUGGCGUAAUAGUUACUACAACUGUUGCGAUCUCUUCGAACUCCAGAAAACCUGUUACGGUUACUGUUACAGUUUCAAUUCUGACGUAUCCGAAUACAGCAAACGAAAAACGCAAUUUUACGGGAUGCACGGGGACAAGAAUAACUUUUGGGUUGAUGAAGAUGAUCAGGGUAUAUUCAGGAGGCCUAGGAGGACUGGUGGAAGCGGCCCGUGGUCUGGACUGUGGUUUUCUAUGCGCGCUCAAAAGAUUCCACCCUAUAUCAACGCCAAAAGUGGAUUAGUGGUUAUGAUUAGGGAUCCGAGUGCUUUGCCGAUCGAUCGGGGAAUGAUGGUGGCUAAAGGUACCAGUGGCUAUAUAAAAGUGUGGGGGGAUAAGGUGAUUCCGACAACACGUCUCAUACGCGUGAAACCCGAAAAGAGACACUGUCUGUACCCCGACGAAAAAAUCUACUUGGGACGAGGCUAUUUGAGGUCAAACUGUUUAUUCAACUGUUACCAACGGUUUAUGUUUCACGAUUGCAAGUGCGUGCCGAGUUUCUAUUAUUUUCACUACGAAAAAGAUCUUCCCUAUCCCGAGUGCAACGUAGAAGGACUUCUAUGCUUGGCCGAACAUUCAUCAAGUUUCAUCAACAUCGUGGAUCGCGAUAAAAAUUUAUCCUCGAAUCUUAGAUGUAAAUGUCCGGGUGAUUGUCGCAGUCAAAAGUACCAGUCUAACAUCGUUGUGUUAAACGAAACAUCGAGCGCCGACCAAAUUACGAUUGACGUUUUCUUUCAUAGGUCUACGUGCUUCCUGUACGAAACGGAUUUAGUGUUUGACUUUAUGAACGCUUUGGUCGGUUACGGAGGAGUUUGUGGACUUUUUCUCGGUGCAUCGUUGAUCAGUGCCGUUGAAUUUAUAAAUUUUAUGACGUUUCGUUUGUACGAUUAUUGGUUGAACCGUCGAUAUCAAAACAAAAUCGCCCAACGUUUCAUUCAUUGA